AUGAACAACCUCCCGGUUAGGGCAAACGAGAGCCCCUUCUACGAGGUGCCGUCAGACCAUCGCUUGACGUCUUACCCAACCGAGACCAAGAUCAUUUCCACACUUGCGUUGUUGCUCCUGGGAUAUUAUGCCUUGUCCUUAUUUGACGCUUGGCCUUCGACGAUCAAAAGAGCAGUCUACGAAUUCGUCGUCUUUAUAACGCCUUCCCACCUAAUCUACGCUAUGCAGUACGGCCUGGUUCACCUGGGUCGUCUGAGCCCGGAGGAUGCCAAGUUCAAGAGAGCAAACUUUGGGGAUAUGGUUGCAAAACAGGAGGCGUUCAAACUCAUACUGGGACAACCACAGUUGCCCCUUGCACUUCGGAAGGCUAGGAGUUUGUCGGGGUCAUACAUGUCUUUGGGCCACGAGACGGGCCCUCCUGGCUUGGGAAACUGGGACAACUCCUGCUACCAAAACAGCGUGCUGCAGGGUUUGGCUUCUUUGCCGGCUCUCAUCGAAUAUUUAGAACAGAGCCUGGAUUCUUGUGAGAGGUAUGAUUCUCCAGCAGCCACACAUCAGGCCUUGGUGGACUUUCUGGGACAACUAUCCGAUCCAAACUCUCGGACCAAGGUUCUCUGGACCCCCAGGAUCCUCAAAUCUAUGGACAGCUGGCAACAGCAGGAUGCUCAGGAAUAUUUCUCACGUAUUCUCGACGCCGUUGAAAAAGAGGCCAAUCAAUAUGUCAACAGAAUGAAACGUUCUACAACUGCAGGUCUGGAAUGCCUGAGGAAAGCUGAGCAGAGAGGUUCUGUGACGGACACACGUGAAGAAGAGCAGGGUUCUGGGGCUUCACAGCCUGCGAGAAUCGGCGAUCCAGCACCAUAUUUGAAGGAGCGCGGGCUUCGGAAUCCCGUCGACGGCAUGACCGCACAAUGUCUGGAGUGCAGGACUUGUGGCUUCACCGAGGGUCUGUCCCUAACGCAGUUCAACUGCCUGACUUUGAACCUGGGAUUGCAGGGAGCUUGUGAUGUUGAACAGUUGCUUGAUGAAUAUACGGCACCAGAAGAGGUUGAAGGGGUUGAAUGUGUGAAUUGCACAAAGUUGGCAAAUGGCGGGAUGACCUCCAGAGAAGAGGAGGACAAGAGGCCAGAGCAAUCCGAUGCCGAGCCAGCGAAAAAAAGCAAGCCAGUUUUGAGGACCAAGGCCAAACAGAUCACUGUCGCGCGGCUACCCAAAGAUCUGGUUCUUCACAUCAACCGCAGUAUUUUCGACAACUAUGGCAACCAGCUCAAAAACACCGCUCACGUCCGAGUGCCUGCCCGGUUGCAUUUCCUGAGCCGAUGGUGUGCUCCUCUCGACAAGAGCGAUAGUUCUGUCGAGGCUAUAUUCGAGUUGAAAUGCGUUGUGACGCAUUAUGGGAGCCAUCAUGACGGUCACUACAUUGCCCUCGGGAAACGACACAAAGAUUGGUAUUCUUUCAACGACGAACGGGUUGCCAAGAUGUCAGAAGAGGAAGUCCUCGCUCGGGGCAACGGUUUCAUGCUGUUUUAUGAAGCUGUUGACCCACCUCCACCUCCUCAGGCAGAAGUGGAAAUGCCAAAAGUGACAACAGCAGUCGUUGCGGGCCUGGAGGAGACUAUCCACCGAACCAAGGACCAUCUCGAUCCAGAGCAGAUGGCCGAGAUAGAGCAGCGGUCUGACAGACUGUUUGACGACGAUGAAUUGGGCGUGUCGGAAUUCGACCUUACUCCCUCCAGCGAGGUGUCUCAAGACUCUAACUCUGCUUCUUCCCAGAGCAGCUCGCCGGUCAAGGUUCUGGUUGAGGAGACUGAGAAACAACACGGUUCGGUGGGAUUUCCCGGCAUGAACUUGAAAACGGCGGCCGAUCUAUCCAGUCACGUUGUACAAGUUCCGUCUUCUGAAGGACCAACUUCUGCCGUGCCUGCCGUUUAA